AUGGGCUCCCCUCCAUACCUUUCAUUUUCUUCCGAUGCUAGUAUAGACUGUAACGACAGAAAGACGGUGUGUCGUCAUGAUGUCAGACAAAUUGAAAACUAUGCCCAUGUCUAUCAAGAUGAAAUUCAGUCUGCUCAUUGGGAAAGCACAUCAACCACAAUUUACACAACUAUGUUAUAUUAUCGAGAAACACCGGAGAGUGCUAAUGUAAAUGAUGUCCAAACUUUGAGGAAUAUUUCCAAAGAUGAUUCAUCAUCGAACUCAAGUUUUCAGUUUUUGUCCCACGAUGUGAGCUUUAACUCUACGACUACAGCGGAUGAAAUUUCUGAAGCCGAAAACGUAGAGUCUGAAACUUAUACAGAUAAAAUUAAGCCCAUUAAUGAUGAUAUUAGUAGUGAAACUUCUGCUAAUGCUAAAGGUGAAAUCAAAGAUUCUGGAAAUUAUAAAUCAUCCCAGCAUGAACACACAGUUUAUUCUCAAGCGAUGGAAGAAAAGGAAAAAAUUGAUCAGAAUGCAAUAUCAGUUCAUAUAGAAACAACUGAGAGCUCAACAGAAUUGUCGACAGAUAAGAUCGAAAGUACACUUGAGUCGAAACAGCAAACGAGUACUUUUUCUGGAGAUGCUAAUGAAGACACUAAGAAGACUACAGUUCAAAAUGAGCAAAGUGAGGAUAAAAAUAAAAUAUCAGAAAAUCCUAAAAGUUCACAGUUUGAAACUUCAUCUGCUUUUCCAGAAGUACCAACUGAAGCUGUUGCUGAUGAGACGACUGUGACCACAGAUAUAUAUGAACAGACGAAAGAAGAUCUUGAAAUGAAAUCAACCCGUAAAAGAAGCUUAAACUCCACCAUAAGUUCCAAAUCUGAUGAGAUAAACCCAACGACUGCUUUCAGAGCUUCAACAGAAAUUCCAGAAUUUCAAACAUCAAUUAGCACAUCCAUUUCUGAGCAUUCGAAGCAAAGUGUUUCAAGUAAAUUAGAAGUUUCAGCCAGUAUGAAAAAAGUCAGUCAGAAACUACAAGUAGAAGAUUCUGAUUCAGAAGGGCAUGAAGUUACUAUUUUCUCCCGAACUGCAUCUACUGAUUUGGAAUCCACUACUAAUAGCGUCUUAUCAAACAAGCAAAAUGGUAAUGAUGGAAAUAGUGGUACUUUUGGGUCUGUAGAAAAUGAUAAUUUAGAAAAACCUUUAGUUGCACUUUUAGAUGAACAUAUUAACCAAAACUCUGAUAUGAUGUCAAAUAUCAAAUUGCAACCAAUAAGCAUGCAUGAAAACAUAGAGCUUAGUUCAACUGAAAAAAUUAUUGCUAAUGAAAAAGAUGAAAUCAAUUCUGAAUCGUUUCUCAGUACUCAUUCUGAAGGGUAUCAAAGUAGCCAUCCAGCUCUUGAUACCUUUACAGAAUAUCCUUCACUGGGGAGUACUUUUGAUCCAGAUGGUGUCACAAAUCAGGAUCCUCCUGACCCGGAUUCUGUUACGUUUUCCAUUGAAAACUCCGAAAUGAAAGAGCGUGAAUUAGAUCGUCCUGUUGAUGCGUUAAAUACAUCAACAGAAAUUGAAGGACAACAAAAUGGACUUACGAAGUACGAGUGGAAUCUUGUAAAAAGACUGGAGGAAGAUAUGUACGGUGAUGAACCAAUUUCAAACGAAUCUUCUAAAGUUGUAAAAAUAGAUGAAUCUUUUCUAGAUAAAGCUCAGAUCUUCUCGCACCAGCUAUUGCCUCAUGAUGAUCCUGAUGUAACAGUUGGCAUGUCCAAGGAAAACGUUGGAGUUGACGAUAGUUCUAAAUUUCAUAGCCCCGAAGAGCUUACUACGGUCGCGUCUAGUAUUAAUUUUGAAAAGUCUGAAAGUAGCGGAAUAUUACAUAAUGGUGCCUCAAAUUUUGAUUUUGAAGGGAUGCUUUUACAAAAUAGAGUUACCCGCCCUUCAAAAUACACCAGCACCCAAGAAAGUGCAAAUAAGAAUUUGGAAGUUAGUGUUAGCAACGACAUCGCAGAAAUACAUCAUCCAGCAAAUUUAAAAACUCAUAAUUCUACUGUUCCUUACAGUGUUGAAGCAUUUAGCCUUUCCUUCGAGCCUCAGACAGCACAGUCAGAAGUCCGUCCAGUUAUGUUGAAAAUUCCUAGCCCACCAACUUCUGUUGUAUCAGCUUCGUCCCAAGGUUCGGAACCUUCAACUGCUCAAAGCCAUCGGGGAUCAUCUCAAACCAUGUCUUUUGAAGUAGAAACCACCACACCAGGAAUUUCAAGCCCAAUUAUUCUGCCUAAUCCGGCGCCAAGUAACGCUGAUGAAAAGCUUGACAUAAGUACAGAUUUACCAACCACCGUGAUACAGCCAGAGCUUGCUGAAUCCUUAACUCAGAAAAAUUUUUCAGUUGGAAAUGUAGUAAGCAGUUCAAAUUCCACGAUAUCUGGAAUCGCUGUCAAGACCUCAGUAUCGGUUUCUAUUCCCGUGAUGGAUAACAGUAGUCACAACGCAGUAUUGAAAGCAGCUGAUUCCCUCCAUGACAAAGCGGAUCACGCUUCAAUGUCAGAAACCAUUUCUGGAUUAGAAAAGUCGAAUAUGAAUGUGCAGGGCAUGUGGAAACGCCACCACAUCUGCCUGGUAUAUGGUAUCAAACAAGUGAAUUUGACUGAUCAGUCACCUUCAUCGACCUCAACGCCUGCUCCAACCACGGAAUCGGGAGUCAGAAUCCGCAAGCCUAAAAUAAAGAUUCCUGGUAUCGGGGAUGCACAAAGCCGGGAACGUCGACCUUUCACUCCACGACCUCCUCCCAAGCCGUCGACCUCGGAAGGUCCCCCAGUGUCCAUCUUCAACAAGGCCAGAACUCGAAGGCCCUCAAUAACGUCGUCAACGACGGCCGCAUCUUUUCAUAAGUUAGCCACUGUACGUAUCCAUUAUGCCACUGGAGAUUCAGGUCUGAUACCACUUCAUCCAGACGUUGUUUUCUCUAUGGGUAAGGAACCCAGCACCACAACUGUACCUACGACGACGGAGACGGAGGAACCGUUCUCUGAUGAACCAUUCACUGAUCAGACUCAGACUCCCAGUGUGUCCGUGGAAGAUGACGUCACGUUGAUAAAGGUAGCUGGUUAUAUAGUUUUGGAGAAGGGGAUACGGUGGAAUGAACAGUUAGAUAAUAGACAUUCUCCUGCCUAUAAAGAAAGAGCAAAUUUUGUGCACCUUCAGCUCGAAAGGUUGUUUCGAUCAUCUGCAAUUGCACCUCGCCUAUGGAAAAUACGGAUUGAUGGCUUCAGUGGUCUGAAGGAUUCCAGGGCUGUCGCUGUGGAUUUCUUUGUGUAUCUCAUAAAGACAAAAGAAGACAUUAAACCCGAACACUUGACUGAAAUGUUCCACGACAAGCUGAAAAACAAUACUUUCUCCAGGUUUAGGGUGGACACCAGUAAAACAGCUUUCGAGUUACUUCAAGAAGAACACCUAAACAAGCCAAUCCCAAGCCCGGAGGAAUCUCCGGAACCCCCUAUUCCCCAGUGGGCGAUCGCAGUAAUCGUAAUUGGUGCAGCUUCUCUCAUCUUUAUCAUUCUCUUUGCUGCAGUCACGGUGUAUGGUAGGCAUCACAUGCGGCGCCGCUACAGCAGUAAGCUCAGCGAAGAGGACAUCGACAGGUCUGGAGAUUGGGAGAGCAAGAUGGCGUCGGCAUAUGAGAACCUGGCAGCUGACACCAUUUACGAUGCGGAGGACCUUCAGCGUGGGGACUCCUACAAAAAGCACCGGCAAGUUGCCACUUUUAAUGGCAGACCAUUAAGACCAAAACGUUGCGACAGCUGGUCAAGCAGUGACUGGUCAACAGCACCCAGAAGACAAAGACCUCAUGUUCACAGAAUAGUCUACUGAACGCAACAGCUGUCACUUGUAAA